AUGCCAAAUAUUUUUUCACGAUUUUUCAGUGGUAGUGGUUCAUCAAAACGUUCAUCAUUACGUGGUUCACAUACAUCAGUCAACGAAGGUGGUCAACGAACUGGCACAUCAUCGAAUAUGCGUGCUGCAGUAUCACUUGAAAGUGUUGAAUCAUAUCAUAUUAACCCAAAAGAACUUGACAAAAAUAAAUUACAUAAAGCAUCAUGGGAAGGAGAUCUACAUAAAGUAGAGCGUUUUGCUCGACCAGAUCAAAUUGAUUUGCAAGAUCAACAAGCUCGAACUCCAUUGCAUUUGGCUGUUGUCAGAGGACAUUUAAGUAUAGUACAACGUCUUGUUCAUGAAGGUGCAAGAUUAAAUAUUGUUGAUAAAGAGCAACGAACACCUUUAGUUAAAGCUGUUCUUAGUGGUAAUCGCAAUCAACCAUUAUAUUAUCAAAUAUGUGUAGUUUUAUUACAAGGAGGAGCUGAUGCUUUUAUUAAUGCUGUGGAUAUCAAUGGAAAAAAUGCAUUACAUUAUUCAAUUGAAUAUGGUAAUGAAGAACUUGUUGAUCUUUUUGUAUCAUUUCAAAAUUGUGAUCCAAAUUUUCGAGAUCGUGAUCAAAUGACACCAUUACAUUUAGCUGUUAAAAGAAAUAGUCCUAAUAUAGUUGAUAUACUUUUAUCUGAUAGACAUGAACAACAAGCUGAUCCGAAUUUACCAAAUAGGAAUGGACAAACACCAUUACAUAUGGCAGCUAGUCUUGGCUAUGCAGACAUCAUUCAAGUUAUACUUCAAUCAAAUCUUUCUGAACCAUGUGAUCCAACAUUACUCGAUGCACGACAAUUAACUGCAUAUCAAUUAGCUAAAGAAAAUCAUCAUGAUGAAUGUGCAAAAUUAAUUGAUGAAUAUCAACAAGGUUGGACAAGACUUUCACCACGACAAAAUAUAUCCGGUUCAAUAAAUGAACAUGAAAUUAAUCCUGUUAUAAGAAAUCCAGCAGGACAUUUUCAUGAUGAUGAUGAUGAUGAUGAUGAAAGUGAACAUACUACAUCAAGUGAAACAAAUCAAUUUUCAAGAUCUUCAGCAAGACAAAUCCCACGAUCAUCAAAUCAAUGGUUAAAUCGAACAACACCUUCACUAAAUCAAAAUAAACAAGAAACUCAUUCUGUAGCUGAUCUUAUUAAAACCAAUCCAUUACAAGCUGAUUUACCUAGAACAAAUGGAUUAAAACCAAACAAUCAAGCACUAUCAAGUCUUAUUAAUAGUAUACCAUUAAAAGCUGACGAAUCACGAACACAUAUAUCAAAACCAAGUAAUCAAACAUUAUCAAGUCUCGUGCAUAGCAUUCCAUUACAACCGGAUGAAAAAUCGACGAAUAAACCUGUUAUACCUCCACAAAAACAACCACCAUCAAUAUUUGGUACUGGACCGGCUGCAUUUCAACAUGGAGAUGUAGAUAAUACAUCAACAAGUACAUCAACUGAAAAAACACCUAUAUAUAAAAAUCUUGCUGGUGAACAAAUAGCAUCACCAAAAAAGAAUGUAACAAUUAAUUCAUUGGUUCAUGCAUUACCACAACCCGAAUCAAUCGAUUCAAAUUCAAUUUCCUGGACAUAUGGUAAAUCAUCGAUGCAUAAACAAGAACCCAGUGUAACACAAGCAAAAAGAAUUGAUACAUCAGAUGAUACAUCAUCAUCACAAUCGGAUGAUGAUGGUCAUCAUAUUAAGAGUUCUUAUAGACCAAUAAUAGCAUCAACAAGUCCUCCUAAACUUUCAACAUUAAAUAAUACAAAAGGAUUUGCAAUAACACAUUCAAAUGAGAAAAUCAAUAGUAGUGAUACUGAAGAUGACUCAAUUGAAGCUGCUGUUCGAGCACACAAUACACAAAAGCCAUCCUUUGGUAUUCAAAAUUUAGUUAAUCAACAAAUUGCAAAUAAUUUAAAAACUUCUCAACUAACACCUAUUUCAAAUGUACAAUCACCAAUAAGUGAAGAUUAUUUAUAUACAGCAUCAUCUAUAGGAGCUAAAAAAGACUCAACAACAGGUAUUAAUGCUUUAUUUCAAAACAAUCCAUUACUAAGUAAAAAAACAAGUGAAUCAACAUGGGAUGAUUCACGUCCAUUGAGUGCCGAUUUAGCACGUAAUUCAAUUAAAGCAAGAACUCGUGUAACAAGCGAUUCAAGUGAUAAUGAUACAGAGCAAGAUGUAAAAUCGGCAACAAUUGUUAAAGCACCGAUGAAAAAUGAAGUUUUAGCAAGUUUAGUUCAAACAAGUAUGCGACCAACAGGAUCGAUUGAAACAAAAUCAACAGGAGUUGAGAAUUUAUUAAAAAUUAUUAAUGAUAUUCAGAAUUCACGACCAAUGAAUCAAAAUCAAUCAACACCAUAUAAAACAAGUGGUACAUUGAUUAGUUCAUCAAUGGUUCAUCGCAAUGAUUCAAUAUCUUCAAAUACUAGUUCAUUCGUUGAUGAUGCAGUACAGAGAUUAGCAAUUGCUAUUCCUACGGAUCCCCAUUCAAAACAACAAUUAUAUCAUGAUGACGUCGAUAAAUUUCAUUGGCCUUCGAUAACAAAUGAUAGACAUGAUUUUAAACAUAUUACAGACACAUAUUCGAAUGACAUCAUUGCAUCACCUCAACGACAAGCAACGCUUACAUCGGCACAUCAUGACUUUAAUAGUUUACGUGGUUCGAUGUCUUCUUCAACAUCAUCGAUUCAAAAUAAUAUGGACCGUUUAAGUUCACUUAGAGAAGAUAUUAAACAAAUCGAACGUAAACAAGAAGAUAGUCUUGAAUUAAAACGACAAUUAAAAGAUAUGGAAAUAAAGAAAAAUAAUUUUGAAGCAUUAUAUAAAAAAAAUGAUCAAUUAUUACGUGAAACAGAAACAAAAUUAGAAAAAGAAAUCAAUGAAAAACAACGUCUAGAAUGGGCAACAAAAAAUUUAAAUAUGGAAUUAAAAAGUGUUAAACAAAAACUUCAAUCAUUAGAAGAAGAAAAAGACAUAUUAAAUCAACGUUGUAUCAAAUUAAAAGAAGAACGUGAUAAUUAUGAUGAAAAACUACGUAUUCAUCAAGCAAAUAGUUUACAAACAGCAGCAGCAGGUGUAUUACGUGAAGAAGAUAUUGAAAAAAUAAAAUUACGACAUCGAGAAGAAAUGAAAUUAUUAUCAGCUGAAAAUGAGGAUCUUCAUCAACGUACAAAACAAUUACAAUCAGAUUUACAAUUACAUAAAGAAUCACUUGAUGUAACAAUACGUUAUAAAAUUGAUUUAGAAAAAGCUUUAGAAGAAAAAACAUUUUUACAACAUGAAUUAGAUCGUUUAAAACAUGAAAGAGAUUUAAUUGAACAAGAAAAAAUUGAUUUUAAAACAAAAUAUGAUAAUUUACAAGAAGAAAUACGUCUCAUAUUAGUAGAUCGUUCAAAACUUGAACAAAAAUUAACAAAUGAAUUACAAGAACAAAUGAAACAACGACAACGUUCCACAGAUGAUACUAAAAAAUAUAAAACACAAAUUGAACAAUUAAAUAUUAAAUUAGGUGAUGCUGAAGCACGUUUACUUGUUUUACAAACACAAAAUGAAGCAUUAUUAGCAUCAAAAGAUCGUGAAAUUAAAAACGAAUUUGAAACACUUACACAACGUCUUAAUAUAAUUGAAUCUGAAAAAUUAACUGCUGAACAACGAUUUCAUAAUGAACAGAGAGACAUAACAAAUAAACAACAACAACGUGCUUUACAUGAACCACUUGUUAUUCUUGCAUCAACACCAUUAAACAAUGCUGUACAACAACAACAUCAACAUUCACCUUCUUCACCUUGUUUGAAAUGUGAUACACUCCAACGAAGUUAUGAACAUGAACGUGAACAACGUAUACAAACUGAAAAAGAUAAUGAACGUUUACGUGAUGUUGUAUCACGUCAAAAACAACAGAAUGAUUUAAAUAAAUCUGUUCAACAACAACAAGAAUAUGAACAUAUUAUUGCUGAAAAUUCAAAACAAAUUCGUUCAGAUACUGACCGUGUUAAAUAUGAACUUGAUCGUCUUCGACAUGAUUUUAAUAAAUUAGUUUCAAAUUAUGAUCCACCAAAUAAUUUACAACAACAUGCACAACUACAUUCACAAAUCGAUACAUUACGUCAUUUUUAUGAACAAGAAUUUCGACAACAAUUACUCUUAUCAAAAUUAUCUAAUGGAAUGAAGCCGUCACCACCAUCACCACCACCAACAACAACGAUCCAUAAUUAUCAUCGAGUACCAUCACCAAUAAAACAUGAUGAAUAUGAUCAUUCAUCAAAUGGAAAUUUAAAUUGCUCAAUAUGUUCAAACAGUCGUUUACUUAAAGAACGUCUUGAAAAUGCUAUUGAUACAAGUUUAGCUGAUCAACGUAUACAAACAAUUAAACAAAUGCCUAUUUUACCAAGAUUAACAUCACCUUUGUUACCAACAAAUACUAACACUACAUCAUCUUUUGAUCUUUUACGCAAACGUUAUUAUGUUUAA